AUGAAUUGCCAGCUGUGGAUGAUGGUGGUGCUAGUACAUCUGGCCCGUGCCCUUGAUGAGAUGGGCAACCCAUGCCUGAACCGGAACAACUUCUGUUCAAGGUGGGCGGGCGAUGGCUGGUGCGAGAGGAACCCAAGGUACAUGUUGGUGCACUGCAAGAUGGCCUGUGGUGUUUGCGUACAACCCAUUGAAAUAUCUACUUCCUCCGCAGAGACGACAACGACUACACAGGCUGUCUCCAGCACUCUCGUGUCCACAACUGCAGCGGCUACAACUGCCGAAACCACAGCUGCCGAAACCACAGCUGGGGCGACCACAACAGAUUCCGUCACAUCUGGCAUUAGCACCACUGUCACAGAGUCAACGGAGGCAUCCGCGACAACGACAGAGAUUGCGGAAGCCUCCACUUCGGCGCCGGAGACGACCUUGACACAAGCUCCUACGACAUCCGAGGUGUCAGCGACGGAAGAACCAGCCACCACAUCCAAGCUGCAGGAAAAGCCAGAGCCACAGCCUCAAUGCGGAGCCUACACAGUGGAGGAGCAGACAGACCUGGCUGGAAAGAUGCUACUGGAGUUUGCAGCAACAUCCGCGGAGACCUGCUGCAGUGUCUGCGACGACACGGCUGGGUGCGCGGGCUUCGCAUUUUUCGACAACAUGUGCUACCUCAAGUCAAGCCUCAUGGGAAGCUACUUCAAGGCCGGCUGUCAGGCCCGAGUCCGGAAGGUCGAAGGCAACUGCGCUGGCUUUGAUGCUCCAGUUGACGGCCGAGACUUGAGUGGAGUCCUCAUCAGAUCCAUGUACGCGCCAAACUCGUCUGUCUGCUGCAGCGCAUGCCGCUCUGAAGACAGAUGUGAUGGCUUCUCCUACUUCCAGAACUUCUGCUAUCUUAAGACUAACAUUCAAGGCACCUUCCCAAAGGCAGGAUGCUCUGUGCAGUUGCGCCCCGGCCGACGACUAAGCGCAGAAGGCAAUCUCCUGAUCUGA